AUGUGCUCGAGCCCCCGGUCGGAUAAAGUUGAUUCUCCCGACACCGGGAUUGCCAUGGGGGAAUACCCUGGUCAUUCCCCGGAUCAAUCUGGAUCUCCGAGUGACACUCACGACGAGACCCCGACCUCCUUGGCGUCGCCGGCAGACUCGAAUGGCGAUGAAAAGAGCCCAAAACUCGAGCCAAAAGAUGAACACCUCGAUGAUGACGAGAAAAUGACCGAUGAGCAAAGGAUGCAGCAACAGCUCCUCUCCAGCCUCCCCGGCCUCCAGAUGUUCAACGCCAUGAAGGAGAUGAAGACCGACGACAAGCCCCAAACCCCCACCCAAAUGUUCCCCAACAUGGCCGCCCAGCUCAGCCAGCAGAUGCCGAACCCGUUCGCCAACUUCCAGCAGCUGCAGCAGUUCAUCAACCAGGGGAACAAUCCUCUGCAAGCUUUUGCUGCAAACUUCCCGAAUCUGCCCAACCUUCCCCCAAUCGCGAGCUCCUCCUUCGCCCCGGCCCCGGUUCAGCAACAACCCGUUUUUACCAACUCCGGUGCAACAAACCCAGACGGAACCCCGGCCCCGCAGAAGCGGAAACGACAGAGGAGAAACCCAGUCUGGCCCUACUUUGAUGUAAUCGACGGGACGGCGCGGUGCAAGCAGUGCCUAUACUCGACGAAAAGCGUGUUUUCGACAAAUUUGAAGGUGCAUCUGCGCAGUCAUCAUCGGGCCGACUACGACAAAGUGAUUGAGGCCGAGGAUGCGUUGAAUUUGAACGCGUUGCUGUUGUCGGGGAAUACAGGUCGAGGCCAAAAACGACAGCUCCCUCCCAUGACAACCUCCAUCCUGCAGACCAUCAAUAAAUUGGCGAACCAAAGCGUCGGCGGCGAUGAUUCGAACCCUCUGAACAACGUCCUCCGGCAAACCCUCGCCGCCGGAAAUCUCCAACAACAAAUGCAACAAGCCGCCAAGAACCUACCGCUCAACUUCAUGAACGGGAGCCCGCUCCAGAAUAACAUCAUGGGACGCCAGUUGGCUGAAGCUUUGGCUUCCGCUCAGCAGGCUCAGGCUCAAACCCAGAAACCGUCCACCCCGGUGAGCCAUGCUCAAUCACCGGCCCCGACGACGCCGAUUACAGCCGCCUCAACCCCUCUCUCCUUCCCUCCAACUCCAAGUACACCAUCCACUCCUGCUCCCUCAUCUGCGCCUGUUAUCGCCGAGCAGUUUUUCAAGCAGUUCAAUAUUAACUUCCCGGGCAAUUUUGCUAUGGGCCAAUCUCCAGUUGAAGCUCCUCAACCAAAACGGCGUAGACUACGGCGCCAUCCGGUCUGGAUGUUUUUCACCGAUUUGGAAGACAGGAUGGUCGGCUGCAUCAGUUGCACAUUCCGCACCGGCUCUGCCUUCUCCACAAAUUUAAAAAUGCAUCUGAAGGCCCACCACAAGGAGGACUAUCAAAAGGUUAUGAAGCUGGAAGACGAGAUGCGAAUCGAAGAGGGCAUUCUCCACCCCAAUAAGAUCAAAAGCGAGCUGAUUGACUUCAUCCGGGGCGGGGGAAACGCCUCCCAAAUCAUUCCCGGAGCUCAACAGCAGCCCUGCUCCCCAACGGCUCCUAGACCCUCAGCCCUGGUGCAGCAGUUCAUCUCCCAGACGUUAUCAGCCCCAAAUCGCUCCGACCCUGAUUACCAUCAACACCAGCAGCAAAACGGAGCAACGGCUGAUAUUGUGACUGGUUGUGCUCUUGAUGAAGCGACGCUCGCAAAGCUUGGAAUGGGUCCUAUCAAUGCUGGGCUCCAGAAAGAAGAAUCUCAAUACAGUGAAGCUGGUGAUGCUGUAGCUUCUGACCUCCUCUCGCGCCUUGGCCUUCUACAGCCCCAAAAGGAAGAACGGACAGCUAUGGAUGAGCUCCGAAAAGCGGCUGAGAGAUUGGCGACCGCGAAUGGAAAUUCGAGAUCCGUUUGCAACCUGGCUGAUGUUAGGAACGUUUUGAAAGACGUUUCCGAUAACAAGACCUCUUCCUCGGCUUCAUCGGAGGGUGAAGAUAUCGUGAAAGGUCGGAGGGAUCGAGCACUGGCCCGGCUCGUUACGCAAUAUAACUUUUUGCAUGGGAACCAGUUGUUUAAGGAAUUCAUCCGAACACUCGCCCCAGAAUACGAAUUCCCCGACCUUGACCGACUUCACGGACUCCACGAGGGCUCUCAAAGCCCGCAAGGAGAAGCCCAAAUUGCUGUCCAUAUGCCUGCUCUAUUACAA